CCACAAUUACCCAAUACAUACAUGGCUCUCGAAGCUCUCAAUUCUCCUACCAUGGAUGCCCCUUUCACCAACAAAUACGACGACGUCGACAACAACUACAUCGAGUCCUGGAAGAAGGGCAAACGUUCUAAACGCCAACGCAGCGAGUCUCCUGCCGACGUUGAUGCUGCUGAAAUCCAACCCACAGCCGAAGAAGAGUACCUCGCUCUCUGUCUCAUCAUGCUCGCUCGCGGCCGCUCUGCCGGUGAUCGUGAUCGUCUUCAUCCUUCCUCUUCAUCAUCACCGCCGCCGCCGACGACGACGACUUUGAAGUUGUCUUACAAUUGCAGCGUUUGCAACAGGGCUUUCAAUUCUUAUCAAGCUCUGGGUGGGCAUAAAGCCAGCCACCGCAAACCCUCCGCCGAUGCGGCUGCUACCACCACCAACGUUGAUAAUCCAUCAACAGCAACGACCACCAGCUGGACUAACGGUAGCGGUAGGUCUCACGAGUGCUCCAUCUGCCACAAGAGUUUCCCUACAGGCCAAGCCUUGGGAGGCCACAAACGCUGCCACUACGACGGAGGCAACAACAAUAACAAGACAGGUAGCGCUAGCGUCAGCAUCAGUGGGGUGACGUCAUCAGACGGCGGCGCGCUGAGCCAAAGCCACCAUGUACCCGACUUUGACUUUGACCUAAACUUACCCGCUUUACCCGAGUUCUGCGGAGAAAACAGGGAAGGAAGAUUCAGUCAAAUAUACGGAGAAGAGGAGGUCGAAAGUCCAUUGCCGACAAAGAAACCACGUUUCUCCAUAGCCAAAAAAGAAUCAAAUUGAUUUGUCUUGAUUUAAUUUUUUUUUCUUUCUGGGAUUUGUAUUUUGGAUGAAUUUGUCAUGUACAGUGAAUUUGUUCAUUGUUGAUGAACUGAUCUUUGUAGUCA